AUGUCGAACGUUCACUAUAGUGGUACUGGGGCCUAUGAACGGCAAAAGAAUCCACCACUGACCCAGUCAGACUUGAAUUCAGAUAAUGCCACGAAAGUUGAAAGUAGUGGAAGCGCUGAGAGUGCUGGGAGCACUCUCAGCAUUGACGGCACUGACAGCAGUGUAGAACGAGAUAGCCAUAGUUCAAGCGCUCAUGAUGGUACAGGUACGGGUUCCACUGUCGAUACUACUGGUCAGUUUCUAAGUAAUGUUUCUGGAAAACACGAAAUGGACACUGCUGAGCCUGUUUCUGAUGUUGAGAUGGAUGAAGCAGAUGAUACCAGCUCUAUUCAAUCAACUCCUCCAUCAUACAGUACCAACAAAUUUGUGUCUGAUUCGAUAACAGCCAACUCUGGGUCUGAUCCGCUUUCAAACCUCAUUUCGUCAUUAUCUACCGAUUCAUCACCCAUAGCCCCGUUUCCAGGUCGAGGUCCUGCACCAACAAACCCCAUAAUACCUACAACUGUGCCGCCAAGCACUCUUGGAGAAGACACCAACCUGUCUCAUACUGUUAACCAGAUUCCCAUACAAUACUCUAAUGAACCCAACAUUGUCUUUACCUCUUCAUCUCAAUCUUCUGAUAAUACUAAUAACUAUGCAGGAAAAAAAUCUGUUCGAGAACCGCUCAAACUGCAGAUUCCUCCAACCUCAUCCACCUCAUCCUACCCAUCAUCCUCUACAUCAUCAUAUUGGGACCAACAGUUAGCCAGUCCAUUUGAAGUGGUACCUUUUCCAUCGCCAUUAAUUGGUCCUUCGGAAGGUGAAGACUAUGAUUCAAUGGCCCUCUUUCGUGCCUUUAAUGGCAGAAGCUCACCCAUGUCAGCAACUGUAUCAAGAGCUUCUUCUAUUCGUAGACCGACAAGUAUGUCUCCACAAGAUAAAUUGUCUAUAUCCAGCCCUUCUCCAAUUGCUCCCAUAACAAUUGCAGCCGCUAGUGCUGCCCUGUCGUCACUAAAACGACAGCAGUCGUUGUCAAAGGGCCAGCUGUCGUCAUCGAUACAAUCACAAGACGGACUAAUCCCGUCAGCUACAAUCAACACACCAAGUACCCCUCGUGAGAAGCGUAUAGUGAGUGAAUACGUACCUGUAGCGAAUAACCCAGCCAACAACAUCUUACCGCCGCGACUACCUGGAAUCCUAGCUGACAAACCAAGUCGACUGCUUCCACCAGCAGAUAUGACGUCUUCUCUUACUGGUACUCUUCUCCCACAACCACCGCAUCAGUCGCCAAUUCCACUUCCUUUAUACACGACCCACGGAGACCAGCCAAUAAUUAUAAAGAAACGAGAUGACCAGCAACAGCAGGAUAAUGUUAACAGAUCUCGUUCAAACAGUGAUCUUAAAACUCCACCUCUUCGUCCUCUAUACGGUCGUUCAUCUUCGAGCGAGCAUGUCCGUCUUAUCGAAAAACUUCACCGAGAACGGAUUCCGAACCUUGCUCUUCAUACGGCCACUAGUUCCUCUAGUUCGUCGGGCCAAAGUUCAAAUUUGAAUGCUGGCUCUGGACUUGUGAGUUUGUUGCCAACAAGUUAUGAAAAAACGAGUCCUCUUUCAAAGUCAUCUUCCACUGCUUCUGAGGCAAGCCGUCUUUAUUCAUCUGCCUCUUCAACCUCUAGUCAAGAACUUGAUCGUGACGUAGACUCUGAGGAAACAAUUAGCACGGUGGGUCAUAAACAACGUACUUCAGAAGUGAAAAUCGAAGACACGACAUCAACCGGAACCAAAGAGACAACUUUAACUGUUCCGAACCAACUUUCAGAAACUGUUACCAGUCCACCAGCAACUGGAAGAAUUUAUGAAGCAUAUGAUAUCAAGAAAAGAAGGUCGACUUGGCGAGAAAUAUCGCUACUUGGUCGAGGAGCUUUCAGCAGGGUCGUGCUUGCGAAGCCCGUUGAACGAUUUGUCAUUCCCUCUUACCGUGAGAAAGUCGACUCAAUUCUUGUGGCCAUCAAAAUUGUAGAGCUCGGAGCUGCUGGAGGAGGAUCCCGCGAACGGAUCGAGUCUGGUCUUGGCAGAGAAAUCGAAAUAUUAAAGGUUUGUAUACCAUCAUUAUUAUCUUAA